GAAACAAGAGAGAGAAAGGAGAGAGAGAGAGAGAGAGAGAGGGGUUUGUUUUGUUUUGAAAAUUCUAAGAAUAGUAGGGGUUGUGAGAGGUUUGUAGGAGGGAAAGGUGGGAUUUUUAGGUUAAUUUUUAUUCUCCUCUCUCUCUCUCUCCUUCUCUCAGAGAGACGAAGGAGAGAGAGAGAGGAGAUUGAGAUUAUUAUUAUUAAUUUAUAUUAAUCUCUCUUUCUCUCUCACUUUUCUCUUCCAAAUUACCUCAUCCCUCUCCUAUUUUGCAUCAAACCCAACUCUCUUUUGCCUCUUCCGUUGUUGAGGGGCCCUCUCGGCCCCUCUCUCCCUCGCAACACACCAAAGGAGCCCUCAAAGGUCGCGCCUUUACGCCAUGGAAUAGGAGGAGGAGGAGGAGGAGGAGAUCGAUUCGGAUGGAGGAGGAGGAGGGGCGCAGAAUGGAGGGGUGGUUGUAUCUGAUACGCUCCAACCGAUUCGGGUUGCAUUAUUCGAGGAAGAGGUACUUCGUCCUCGAGGAUAACGCCCUCAAUUGCUACAAAUCCGUCCCCUCUUCGAAACGAGAGGAUCCUAUGAGAAGUGCACUAAUUGAUUCUUGUCUACGUGUCACUGACAACGGAAGAGAGAGCAUGCAUAGAAGUGUUUUCUACAUAUUUACACUUUACAAUGUUUCUAAUCAUACCGACCAGCUUAAGUUGGGCGCUAGAAGUUCAGAAGAAGCAGCUAGGUGGAUCCGUUGCUUGAUGGAAGCGGCCUUAAAGGAGUGCCCACACAAGGAAGGGAAUUUUGUGGCUUGUUCCAAAAGAGGAUGGCAACCUUUAAGAUUGAGUCGCACCAGGAGGAGCAGUCAUAUGCACUCUAUAGAUUGGACUGUAUUUUCUGGUGCGCACCCUGAUCUAAUGGCGUCUGAUGUUAUCGCUCCUUCCCCAUGGACAAUAUUUGGAUGCAAAAAUGGCUUGCGGCUGUUCAAAGAAGCAAAGGAUGGUGAUUUUUAUGGACAGCACUGGGAUGAUCAUCCCGCUAUUAUGGCUGUUGGUGUGGUUGACGCUACUUCAGAAGCCAUUUUUCGAACAGUUAUGUCUCUUGGUCAAUCCAGAUCAGAAUGGGACUUCUCCUUAUUAGAAGGAAAGGUGGUUGAACACCUAGAUGGUCACACUGAUAUUAUUCACAAGAAACUGCGGAGCGAUUGGUUGCCAUGGGGAAUGAAAAGGAGAGAUUUACUAUUACGGCGUUAUUGGAGAAGAGAGGACGAUGGAACUUAUGUAAUUUUGUACCACUCUAUUUUCCACCACAAAUGUCGAUGCGAGGGAGGCUAUAUUCGUGCAUGCCUUAAAAGUGGAGGAUAUGUAAUAACCCCUAUAAAUCAAGGAAAACAAUCAGUUGUAAAGCACAUGCUUGCAAUUGAUUGGAAACUUUGGAAGUCUUAUCUUCUCACCUCAUCUGCAAAGUACAUCACCAUCCGGAUGCUGGUAAGAGUUGCAGCUCUACGGGAAUUUUUCCGAGCUAAAAUUGGCAAUUGUCCAUGCUCCGAUUUUUCAUCGGGUGAGCUAACGAAGGAGAUAGGGUUGCCGCAGAGCGAGAAGGAAGACAUAAAGGUUGAAGUGCUAUCAACGAGUGAGAGCACUAAGUAUGAAGAUCCUGCAGAAGGGUCACAGAGCUCUCCUAAACAUGGAAGCGUUGGCGGAUCAUUCCUUCAACUGAAUGAUGCUGCAGAUGAAUUCUUUGAUUUUCCAGAUGAACCGGAACAUGACGAAAAGGAGGUUCUGUGGUCCUCUGAUGAGAGCAUGCACUCUCAGGGACAGGACCAACACCAUGCCAAGUUAUCGGGCGCUGCAGUUUUUGUGAAAAGGUUGCACAACCUUGCCGUUCAAAAGAGAGGAUAUAUGGAUUUACAAGAAGCGGUGAUGGUAGAUGCUAUACCGUGCUAUGGGGCCACUCUUCCAAAAGAUCCGACUUGUACAAUGGCUUGCAGUUGGGCCAUGGCAGAGCCUUCAACAUUUUUAAUACGGGGCGAAUCUUACUUACAAGACCACCAAAAGAUCAAAGCUAAUACAACCUUGAUGCAAAUGGUGGGUGCCGAUUGGCUAAAAUCGGAUAAGCGCGAAGAUGAUCUUGGCGGCCGGCCUGGCGGCAUUGUUCAGAAAUAUGCAGAGCAAGGCGGGAGAGAAUUUUUCUUCAUUGUAAACAUACAGGUGCCUGGUUCCACAACAUACAGUCUCGCACUAUACUAUAUGAUGGAUAUUCCGCUGGAAAAGGUUCCCUUACUAGAGAGAUUUGUUAAAGGAGAUGAUUCAUAUCGAAAUUCACGGUUUAAACUUAUUCCGUACAUAUCCACGGGCUCUUGGAUAGUGAAGCAAAGUGUAGGCAAAAAAGCUUGCUUGGUGGGUCAAGCACUCGAAAUCCAUUAUUUCCGUGGGAGCAACUACUUGGAGCUCGGAAUCGAUGUUGGCUCGUCGACUGUCGCGCGGGGUGUUGUCAGCCUCGUCCUCGGGUACUUGAACAAUCUGGUGAUAGAAAUGGCAUUCUUGAUCCAGGGUAACACACAAGAAGAGCUCCCUGAGAUCCUCCUGGGCACCUGCAGAAUGAACCAUCUCGAUGUCUCGAAAUCCGUUUCGAUCAACACGUGGUAGACCUAACAGAUAUGCUCUGGUGAUUCUUUAUUCUGCCCAAAUUGGAGAGGGAUUUUUUUCUUUUAUUUUCUUCUGAAGUGCUUAACCUAUUUGUAAAGAGUUUUAAACCCUAAUCAAAACAUGUCAUUCUUUUCACAUAUAUAUUCCAAAUAUAAAUAAGUAAAUCCACUUAGCAUUCCUCAAAA